AUGGCUUCAAACCAGAACAGCAACCUAGUACCUCUUAGAAAAGGUCUGCCGGUGAUUAUUUGGAUCUUGACAUUUGUCCGUGUGAUAAAUUGCGCAAAUUCGACGUCCUUCCACUCUUCAACUGAUAUUUUCCAUGACCUCCAUGUUUGCCCUUAUAAUGGAUCAGACCACCUCUGUUAUUAUCAAGGAGUGCAAACCGAGGGAUAUGCAAGGGGUUAUCAUACGAUUUUGGACGACACUUACAAAGAAACAACCACUGUGCAAAGCGGGAAUGGGACGCUUCCAAGCGAUUUACAUGAAAUGAGAGUCAUUAAUGGGAAGACAGCACUCAUCACUAUAUACCAAACAGGACCUUACAACCUCUCAGCAUAUGGCAUAGGUCCUGGAAACGGUUGGGUUAUAGACGGCGUCUUCCAAGAGGUGGAUAUCAAGACAGGAAAGGUCUUAUUUGAGUGGAGAUCGCUUGACCACGUUCCCCUUUCGGCUACCCUAAUCCCUCUGCGCUUAGACGCAGUGGUUGGUGAUGGCUUGACUAAUGGUAGCGCUUGGGACUAUUUUCACAUUAAUUCGGUAGAUAAGAACAACGACGGCGACUACCUCGUAUCUGCAAGACAUACCAGCUGCAUAUACAAGGUUUCCGGCAAGAAUGGGUCCAUUAUCUGGCAACUGGGCGGGAAUCAAUCCUCUUUCCAACUGAGAGAUUACAAUUUCUCCUAUCAACAUGACGCCCGGUUUCGAGAGGAGAAUGAGACCACGACAAUUCUCUCUUUCUUCGACAAUGCAAGCAACAAGCAUAAAAACACGUCAUCCACUUCGUCCGGGAAGAUUAUCUCUAUCGAUCACAAUACGGACACCUCGACAUUGCUCAGAGAAUACCAUGCCCCGGGCAACGGUCUGCUUUCCUUCUUCCAGGGAAACACCCAAAUAUUGCCGAACAAAAACGUCGUGAUCGGAUGGGGCACCCAUCCUUCGAUUUCUGAGCAUACCGAGGACGGCACUGCAAUAUUCUUUGCUACAUUGGAAUCCCCAGAUGCACAGAAUUACCGUGCAUUCAAGGCCAAUUGGACUGCAAAGCCAAGUGACCCUCCUGCGCUUCGGACAUACAGUCCAUCCACAAACUCAGCAACCACCUUCUGGGUAAGCUGGAAUGGAGCAACAGAUGUCGACCGGUGGAGAAUUCACGCCACUUCCCCUGAGUCUGAUGAAUUCAUGCCUUUGGACAUGACUACAUAUGUCAGCUCUAGCUACCACCCUCGGGCUUUUGCGGAGGCCAUUGCAGCGAAUGGGUCGAGUUUAGCAAACUCAUCGGUUGUGGAUGCCUCUUCGAGCUUACCUGGGAGUGAUUAG